AUGAUGGUCCCCAGAGCAUUUAUCUUCUCCUCGGCCGUGCCGCAAAAGCCCUUUGAACAUCAGAGCAUGAAACGAUUCCCGCCACUUCACGCUGGUCCUCGCCCCACCCCACAAACAGAGACUCGGGGACCGAACACCACCCCAGUCGUGAUCCCCCCAAAGCGUGGCUCUCGGAACAUGUCAAUGCGCAGGGAAAGUCGGUCCCGUACGCCGUCCAAAGCAUCCGAGUUAUCUCGUCGAUCCACCUCGAGCUCGUCUAAUGAACGCCACAUCCCUACGUCAUUCAGCUCAAUGCUAGAUGCGACCACCAUUCCACCCCGACGAAGCCGAACCACGCGCAGGCCUAGGAAACUAGCCCGUGGAAACCAUGAAGAGGAUUUUCGACGGAUGUUGCGGGAAGACCUCAGGCCGAAAGAAGAUCACUUUCUCGACGGGUCCAUCUACUCUCCUCUGGGCUUCCUUCUCAGCCCACCUGAGGACCAUGAUAAGAUUAUGGGCAACGAUUUCGAGCACGAUUCCCCACUCUCCGUGAGAUCAACAUCGAGUGAAUCAACACCUUCCCUGGUGCAUGGUCUCGGCUCUCCAUCAAGUCUUUCCUCGCCUCCCACCCCUCCGAGUCACCGGACCACCCCAGAGAAACGACAACCUCGGUAUUCGCAUUGCGAGGAUUGCGCGUUGGAUCACCCCCUGCUUCCAACUGAGCUGGAUGAAAGUGAAUUCCUUGAAAUCAAAUAUGACAAUGAACCCGUCGAAGCCGACACCACCCCCACAAAGCGAUCUGCUUCGUUCGGACGUCUUGGAUCUACCUUCAAGUCAAAUCUUACGGCCUCACUACGUGCCAUCAAAUCCGCUGCACAGAGCGUCUCGACAUUUGCUACACCUUCCGUCCAGCCGGAGGACUUCCUCACUCGAUCUCUAUUCGCCAUUGCUCCAGAGAUGACCGAUGAUCGUCGUCCACUGCCAAUGAAAGAUACCCCCUCGCCAGCUUUGCGACGUUAUCUCAACCCAACCCCUAUCUCACCUGCGGAGAUGUAUGUCUACCACGACUACCCUCAUGACACGCCCAAGACCACUGGCAUGAGCCCCGUCUCCAUCCAAAUGCAAACAUAUCGCCGCUCCAGCAGCCGUGGAAACCGACGCAACCAUUUCCACAUCGCAAGCCGGGACCAGAAGUUUGUGACCUACGAUCCGGAGGUCCCGCCCAUGGCCCGCUCACGCGAGAUCCGCGAGAACAGCGAUUUCUUGCGUGUGGUGGUUCUUGAAAUGAACAUGCGACGCCGCGGUAAACUCCGCGAGGACAUCCCCACCCGCGCUCGAGUCUGGCUACCAGCGCGCAAGAACAUUUACCGCAUAUCGGGGCAAUACGAAGACGGAGACGACAACAACAUUGUCCCCUCUCGUUGGGUCGGCAUCUCAGCCGAGUGA